AUGACCCACUGCUGCUCCCCUUGCUGCCAGCCUACCUGUUGCAGGACCACCUGCUGCAGGACCACUUGCUGGCAACCUACCUGUGAGACCACCUGCUGCAGCACACCCUGCUGCCAGCCCAGCUGCUGUGAGUCCAGCUGCUGCCAGCCUUGCUGCCGCCCAGCUUGCUGUCCAACCACCUGCUGCAGGACCACCUGCUGGAAGCCUACCUCUGUGACCACCUGCUGCAGCACACCCUGCUGCCAGCCCAGCUGCUGUGAGUCCAGCUGCUGCCAGCCUUGCUGCCAGCCCACUUGCUGCAGGACCACCUGCUGGAAACCUACCUCUGUGACCACCUGCUGCACCACACCCUGCUGCCAGCCCAGCUGCUCACACCCCUGCCAGCCCAGCAGCUGUGCACCCGUGUACUGCACCAGAACCUGCUACCACCCCACCUCUGUCUGCCUGCCUGGUUGCCUAACCCAGAGCUGUGGAUCCGGCUGCUGCCAGCCUUCCUGCUGCUGA